AUGUCUAGGGAUGAACAGUCUAUGGAUGGACAGUCUAGUGAUGUACAGUCUAGGGAUGUACAGUCUAGUGAUGAACAGUCUAGGGAUGUACAGUCUAGGGAUGUACAGUUUAGUGAUGUACAGUCUAGGGAUGUACAGUCUAGUGAUGAACAGUCUAGGGAUGUACAGUCUAGGGAUGUACAGUUUAGUGAUGUACAGUCUAGGGAUGUACAGUCUAGUGAUGAACAGUCUAGUAAUGUACAGUCUAGUGAUGUACAGUCUAGUAAUGUACAGUCUAGUGAUGUACAGUCUAGGUAUGUACAGUCUAGGGAUGUACAGUCUAGGGAUGGACAGUCUAGUGAUGAACAGUCUAGUGAUGUACAGUCUAGGGAUGGACAGUCUAGUGAUGGACAGUCUAGUGAUGGACAGUCUAGGGAUGAACAGUCUAGGGAUGGACAGUCUAGGGAUGGACAGUCUAGUGAUGGACAGUCUAGUGAUGUACAGUCUAGGGAUGGACAGUCUAGUGAUGGACAGUCUAGUGAUGGACAGUCUAGGGAUGAACAGUCUAGGGAUGGACAGUCUAGGGAUGGACAGUCUAGUGAUGGACAGUCUAGUGAUGUACAGUCUAGGGAUGGACAGUCUAGUGAUGGACAGUCUAGUGAUGGACAGUCUAGGGAUGGACAGUCUAGGGAUGUACAGUCUAGGGAUGUACAGUCUAGUGAUGUACAGUCUAGGGAUGUACAGUCUAGGGAUGAACAGUCUAGUAAUGUACAGUCUAGUGAUGUACAGUCUAGUAAUGUACAGUCUAGGGAUGUACAGUCUAGGGAUGUACAGUCUAGGGAUGAACAGUCUAGGGAUGAACAGUCUAGGGAUGAACAGUCUAGGGAUGGACAGUCUAGGGAUGGACAGUCUAGUGAUGUACAGUCUAGUGAUGUACAGUCUAGGGAUGGACAGUCUAGUGAUGUACAGUCUAGUGAUGGACAGUCUAGGGAUGGACAGUCUAGGGAUGUACAGUCUAGGGAUGUACAGUCUAGGGAUGUACAGUCUAGGGAUGGACAGUCUAGUGAUGUACAGUCUAGUGAUGGACAGUCUAGGGAUGGACAGUCUAGGGAUGGACAGUCUAGGGAUGGACAGUCUAGGGAUGUACAGUCUAGGGAUGAACAGUCUAGGGAUGAACAGUCUAGUGAUGUACAGUCUAGUGAUGAACAGUUCAAAUGA